CUUCCAGGCCCAGAAUCAGAAGAACCUUUGGAAUAAUAAAAGCCUACACGUGCCCUAGCAUCCUUCUCGAUGCCGUCUUUACGAACACACCCGCACGCGACUGUCCGACGUCCUCCAUCGUCGCAAACCCCCCACCCUCCUCCUUGCAUGCCCCGCAUACCACACAUCCCUCUGCCCUUGCCGCGGACCCGACUCAAUGCCUGGCCCCUUUCGCCGCUCGCCUCGUGACUAUGAGCUCCUCCCACAAGGCUCCUUCGACGACGGUGACUUUCACGAGCUAGAACCCACUCCCUCUCACUCCCAGUCCUCCUGGUACAGCCGCAUAUCGCAUGCCCUCCCGAGGACGGUGAAGCGCAUUUCGAGCCCCUCCACCUACACUCGCCGCAGAAAGAAUGCCGCCCUAAGGCUUUGCCUCUGCUGGACCUUCUUCUGGUUUCCCUGUCUCUGCCUGACCCUAGUACUACUCGCCGGCAUCUUCUUUCCUUCGUACACAAAUCCUCCUCCGCACUACAAGGAGCUUCGACGAGCUGCCGUUUCGAGCUGGCAGCCCGGUCGUGCCAAUCCCCGCAACGAGAAGAUAUUCAUCGCCGCUUCUCUGUACGAGUCCCAUGGCGAGUACACAUCGGGGCCCUGGGGAGAGCAGGUGCUGGAGCUGGUGGAUCUGCUAGGCCCUGGAAAUGUCUAUUUGAGCAUCUACGAAGAUAACCCGUCUCCCGCCACCAAAAAGUCGCUGCUUGACUUCAAGGCCAAAGUUACUUGCAAUGCGAGUAUCGUCGCCGAAGACCUCGACAUCAAGACCCUUCCCCGCGUCCGACUCCCCAACGGAGAGACACGCCUCAAGCGCAUCGCCUUCCUGGCCGAAGUUCGAAACCGCGCCCUGGCCCCCAUUGACAGCGUCGGCAUCGCCUUCGACCGCGUCCUCUACAUCAACGACGUGAACUUCAGCCCCAUCGAAGCGGCCCAGCUCCUAUUAUCGACCAACGUCGACUCCACGGGCCGCGCCAGCUACGGAGCAGCAUGCGCUGUCGACUUCAUCAACCCGUUCAAGUUCUACGACCGCUUCGCAACCCGCGAUCUGGACGGAUACAGCAUGGGCAUCCCCUUCUACCCCUGGUUCACCAGCGCUGGAAGUGCCGCAAGCAGAAAGGACGUCCUCUCCGGCACCGACGCCGUCCGCGUCCGCAGCUGCUGGGGCGGUAUGACGGCCUUUGAAGCGAAAUGGUUCCAGAAACAAACCUCUCCCUCUGGCAAACCGUCGUCCUCUACCCUCACCCCACUCCGCUUCCGCUACGACAACGCCACCUUCUGGGAAUCCUCCGAAUGCUGCCUCAUCCACGCAGACCUCACCUACCUCCGCACCGGCCAAGGCAUGCCCCCGGACGACUCGGGCAUCUACAUGAACCCCUUCAUCCGCGUGGCCUACGAACCGGCGACCCUCUCCUGGCUCGCUCUCACCCGCCGUCCCGAACGCCUCUACUCGCUCAUCCACGACAUGCUGAAUCGCUGGGUCGGACUUCCCAGUCACAACGAGCGCAUGCUCGAGGAGCCCGGGCAGACGUACACGGAUACCAUGUGGGAGUAUGACGAUCCCGCUCGGGCCUUCCGUCCGAAUGCCACGGGCGACGACUUCAAGGGCCACUGGGCCAAGAAGCAGCAUGUUGCGCUGCCCGGCGGCUUCUGCGGCUCCAGGAUGUUGCUCGUCAUCAACGAGACGCCCGAGCAGGGUGAAGGGAAGUGGGGGCGGAUCGAGACGCCGCGGCCUCCAAAGGAUACUUGAUUUUUUUUUUUUUUUUUUUUUUUUUUUUUUUUUU